UGUGACAAAUAACAUUUGAUUUGAUUUGAUGUAGAACCCUUUGCACAGAGGGUUCUACAUGCUACCCAAAAGAGUUAUGCUUAAAAGGGUUCUACCUGAAACCAAAAAAGGGUUAUCUUAUGGGGACAGUCGCAGAACCCUUUUGGAACCCUUUUUUCUAAGAGCGUAGGUUGAAAAAUAUAUAUAAUCUUAGGGCUGUUUUCCAGCGAAUAUUAACAGUCACAAUGUGGUGGAUGAUCUAGGCCUAUAAGAGGUGUCAAUCGAUAGUACGUAUGGUAAGUUCACACUCUGAGAGGUGAGAUCCUGUGACGCUAGCAGGUGGUACAUCCUGUGAAGGAGUUCAUAGAGACACUCAGCACUUCAAAACCCACCAGUCUGAGAAGACAAAGACUCCAUCACUCACUCUCUCACAUUCUCGAACACAUUUUCAAUCACGCUCUUUGACAACAUGGCUGCCACAUCUCUCCUGCUCCUGCUCAUCACUCUCCUGCCUGCUCCAGGGCUGACAGGUAAGACCAAACUUCACCUUUGACCUCUUCUCACUCUGGGGUGAGAGGGCAGCAGAGUGGGAAACUUUUGACCUUCUCACCCUUAUCUAUUCUCUAGAACAGCAAAGGGACGCUAGGGACAUAGACACACAGAAGGUCUUCUUUCUGGUUUUAUAAUGUAACCUGACAAUUAUGGUACAAUUAAUCAAUUAGUUGUAUGGUAAAGACCAGAACAAUUGAUGUGAUGAAAAACAAUUCAAUAUCUUGUAUCGACGUGAUAGCCCACCCCUGCUUACGUUUCAUUAGGGCAAAUCUCUCUGUCCCAGCUUACCAGGACUCUGGCAUAGUGAAUGGAGCAGAAUCCAGACGCAACUCCAAACCCUACAUGGUCUCUGUACAAAACAAGACUAAGCAUAUCUGUGGAGGGUUCCUCGUGUCUGAGAGCUUUGUCAUGACAGCCGCCCACUGCUACAUAUGGGGUGUGAAUCUGACGGUUAUGGUUGGUGCUCAUGACAUUACAAUACCUCGAAGUUCUUCUUACAUCAUUGAUGUGAAAGAUUAUCACAUACAUCCUGGUUACAAUGCUAAGACAUUGGAGAACGACAUCAUGCUGUUGCAGCUUGUCAAAACUACCCCGAAGAGCAAAGCUGUGCAGCAGAUCCCUCUCCCUAAGAAAGACCAGGACAUCAAGGCCAAAUCCUUCUGUACCGUCGCAGGGUGGGGUGCCACCAAAACAGGCGGUUCUCCAAACCCAUGCCUUCUAGAGGUGAAUGUAGCUGUUGUAGACAGAAGUUCCUGCCAGAGAUCUUGGGGGAAAACUGGCACCAUAACCCCGUCUAUGAUAUGUGCUGGUGGUACUGCUGCUGAUUAUAAAGGCGUUUGCCAGGGAGAUUCAGGAGGUCCUCUGGUGUGCAAGGGGACAGCAGUAGGAGUUGUGUCCUUUAACCAGAAAGACAACUGCAAUGAGCCACAGAAGCCCAACGUCUACACCAAAAUAUCCAAGUAUCUUUCCUGGAUCAAGUGUAUCAUGAAGUAUUAAGGAAUGAAAUAUACAUUGAGUGAGUAAUAAAUGAAGAGUUUAUUUCCAAAACACUUAUGGGUACCUUCAUGUGUGUGUGUAAAAUAUUACUGUUCUC